AUGGGUAAUGGUUCCUCUUGGGACUUUCAAGCCUCAGAAGCUUUGAAACAAGAAUUUAAGGAUGCUAUUCGUGAUCAUUUCAAAUUUUGGAAGGCUGGACAACUUGAUAAAACGAGAAUACCACAAUACUUCAUUCUAGCAGGGGCUGGAGAAGGAAAAUCUCGCACUGCACAAGAAUUGCAGAAGUUGCUAAUUGAAUGUACAAAUGAUGCUGACUUACAGAAUCGACUUAGGUCUACUCUUGUAUUUAACCUAACAUUUGAAAAUGGGACCAAACUAUCUCGGGAGGUAGAAACUAAUAGCGAUUAUGCAAUUGUGACAUCAUUACAACCUCCGAGAAUCAACAGCAACCCAGUCUUUGUUGAUAAUCCAGUCAUGAAGAUGCUCAUAAACGAUAUGGGUGGUCAUGGGCGUGCGUUGGAGGCUUUAGAAGAGUCUAUUAAUGGGAAAGAUUUGGACAAUAUUAAUUUUGUUGAUCUAAUAAAUGAUAACUUUGUUGCUCAAUUUCGCUCUCUAAAAUCGAAUAUCUAUGGUGAUGAUGUACAAGUUAAACUCAGAGUCAUUCAUAAUGGUGCCAAGCAUAAUUUUGGUGAUAGUUCCAUAUACAAUCGAAAACUUACGUUGGAACAAUCAGUUAAAAGGGUCAGCACCAAGUCUGGAAUUUAUAAGCAAGAUGUAAAAAUUUUGUGUCAGGAUGGAGAAGUUGACGUUACAGAAGCGAGACAUAUAAUAAUAAAUGCACCUAAUGCUGAAUCUGGAGAUAGCUUUUGCUCGAUUAAAAUGGCAGGGACUGGACUACUACAAACGGAGACACAUCAAUGCAAAUUGGUGAAACAAAUAAUUUCUCAGGAAAGAUUUAAAGAUGAGCAUGAAAAAGCAACGAGUCCAGAGGAUACUUUCAUUCUUUGCACAUCAGCUUCCUCCGAAAAACUUGAACCUCACCAGCCAAUGUCUGCAAUCGUUAGUAAAGACAACUGGGAAGAAUAUUUUGGAUCUUUUGCUGGGAGAUGCUAUAAUUAUGCUAGGGAACCACCAAAUGUUAAUGAAGGACCUACACUCAGCUGA